AUGGCACAAGGAAUCCUACAUUUGCCCCCAAUUUCCAAACAUAAUCAAAAGUAAGUUGGCUUUUUUUUUGUAAAAUUGACAUUUACUGAUUUUUUUUUUCAGAGCAAGAAAAUUCUUUUCAACGCAUUAUUUGUGGCGUUUUCGUUAUGCCACUGUUUUAAUUGUGUGUGUCUUUUUUUACAUUACUCUAGUGAGUUUUUCUCUUAAAUAAUGUUUUAUACCGUUCAUUUUUUAGUAUUACUAUGCACUCUAUUCUCCUGUAAUUCUGGAUAACGGUUUUGCCGGAAACGUCAACAACUCCUUGGUGGAUUCGAAGUUUGUUUCCUUAAAAUCUUGAAAGUGAGAGCCUCAGGAGCGGUUUUAUUCUCAAAAUUAAACAGCUUCAGCAUUAUCGCAUCGUGAAGUUUCUUAGGUUUUCAAUCAUUUUUACCUAAAAUAUCUCCCUUCGAAAACAAUUUCUGAACACUGCUGUUGCUGAUUUUUUGAGGCUGAAAGCGAAGGUAAACUUCACGUUUUGAUUUGGAAUAAUAAGUGAAUAUAUUUCAAAAAAUGUACCUGAUAUCAAAUACUUCAUAAAUUAAAAGAACGUACAGUUAACGAUGCGAAUAUUUUUUUGAUAAAACGCGGAAAAUUUUGGAUUUUCACAGAGCAGGCCACAACUACAUGAUCAUUGCUCACGGUUGCUCUCCGGAAACUGAUCGCUGUUAUUCCGUGGUUGACCAAAUAGUACCAGAAAAUGAGAGAAAAAACGAAAAAGCUUUGGAAGAAGUCGUCGAACGCCACAUGGUCGUCGAUGGAUUCGAAGAAACUAGUGAUACCAUUGUGAGAAUUUACUCGCCCCAAGGUUGGUCACGAUUUUUGUUUUCGUUCACAUAUUGUUGCCAGCCCAUUAGAAAUUCUUCUUGAACUUCCUGCUUCUGAAAAAAAGAAUAAUCGAAUUUUUUGAUAAUUUACCAAAAUUUUCGUGAACUGAAAAAUAUUACCCUCAUGAUUGACUCUUGAUAACUUGAAAUUAGAAUUUCCGAAAAAAAAAUCUCGCUUUCCUUUCAAGAGUGUUUUUCAGGUUUCAAGUUCUCCGAAUCAGAUUCUCGAAUGUGGACGAUCGAUCAUCGGAGCUUACGCGCUCAAUAUGUAUUUUUUUACGAUUAAUUCUUUUAUUUCUUACCAAUCCAUAAAUCUUUGGAAAGCUAUUAUUAUUUUUCAGAUAGCUGCAUUAAUAUCUGCUCCCUUUUUGGUGACUGCUUUAUCUCUAGUCGAAACGGAAAAUCAAAACAAAUCCGUUUUGGAGAUUGGCCUAGGAGGAGGAAGUUUCGACAUGUUCAUCCAUGAGUUUUAUCCCCAGGUUUUUUUUUUUGAAUGAAGAAGAUGUUAACUAUAUCAAAACUUAAGGUGUCCAUUACUGCGGUGGAACUGGAUCCAAUGGUUGCAAAACUAGCAAAUCAAUGGUUUGGAGUUAAAGAAAACGACAGGAGAAGGACCAUUGUGGAUGACGGGAUGGAUUUCAUCAGGCAAUCUCAAAAAAGGGGUAUUUUUUUCGAAAAACUAUUAUGAUAAUUUUGAAAACUGAUUGCAGGUGAUUCAUACGACGUAGUUGUUAUUGAUGCUUGCGAUGUUAACAUGAACGUCCCGUGCCCGGUAAAGGAGUUCCGCAAACCGGAAAACUUAAUGGCAAUGAAGAGCAUCUUGAAAGAAAAUGGUAAAUUUGUAAAGUCGUUCUUUUUCACUGUCAAAACUCAGAAAAAAACCGGGACGUUUUUUUGAAGAAAAAUAAUGAAAAUAAUCAUGAUGAAAUAAUCAACUUUACCAACGAAUAUAAACUUAUUUCAUCAUUUACAAGAAAUAUGAACACUUUGAUGAAAUUCGAAAAAAAUUUUUUUGACGUUUUUUUAAUAGAAGUUCCUGAUUUUCAUUUUUUUCUGUUUUUUUCUCUUUUAUAGUUUCUAAAAAAACAGUCACCUCAAAGUAAUCAAAAACCACCAUAACUGAUUGGAUAGGCUUUGAAACUUCUCCUUUCAAAAACUUUUUCAGUAAUGAAAUUUUCAAAUUUCGUUUAUCUGACAUUUAAGAGUGAUUUGUUCUAGUUUUGACUACCGCAAAAAAAAUUCUUCCCUGCCAGCCAAUCUUAUUUGAAAAAUAUUCAGGGGCUCUAGUAUUCAAUUUGCUAACGCUUGAGGAAAAUGUCAAGGAGGUCAACAAACAGGUUUGAAAUCGACAAAAAAGUUCAACAAAAAAAACUGCUUAAUUUAAGAUUGUGGAAUCAAUUUGCGAGCCGUUUUCUUCAUGCCUCCGGAUCGCUCUCAAAGCAGAGGUAGUCGUGUAAAAUGGUCAACUUUUAAAUGAAAGUUUUAGGUAAACGAAGUGAUUAUUUGCAUGAAGUAUAAAGUUUCCGACGCCGGCGCUCAGUUGUCGUUUUACGAACAAAGGUUCCAAGCAAUCGCGAAAAAGUUUGGUUUCAAUGAUUUUCUUGCAAAAAUUCAUAUGGUUUAAUUUUUCAUUUUCGUCAUUUCACAAUUCAUCUCCAAGGUGAACAUUAUUCGUCACAUUUAUUUCCAUUGCAUAUUACUCUCCCUUCUGUACAUACUUCUUGUCAAUCAGUUACUGGCCUAGCUCGCAGUAGAACUUCUGGAUGGAACAUUUCAAAACUGCUCAAGAAGUUUUUGAAAAAAAGUUGCGCUUUAAAUUUGAAAAAGAGAGCCAAUUUUGACCGAAGCUAGUUCAGUCGACCUUCCAAAUACGGAAAAAAAACAUAAAAUUUGGUUUUCUUAUAAUUAAGAGCUCAUAAUUUUCUGCCUUCCGGGGAACACCAGUAAUAAAAAAUAUAUGGAAACUGGUUUUAUUUUCUCAUUAAAAGUUUCGCUGUGCGCUCAGGUCAAUUAGUGAUCGUUCAAAAUACGCUUCCACAAAUAUCAUUUCUGCCAGAAUCAUGCUUUAGCUUUGAUACUCAGGGUAGGAUUCCACAGUAA